GAAAAAACAAAGCACCUCUCUCUAGCUAGCUACUAGACGACAGCUAGAGCUAGCUCCUCAACGACGACGCAGUAGUACAUAUGGAGAAGGCGGCGGGCGUGAGCGCGGCGAGGCUGGCCGUGGCGGCGGCGGCGGUGCUGCUGUGCCUGCUGCUGCUGCUGGCGGCGGGGCCGCAGGGGGUCUCCGGCGCCGACGGGAGGAGGAAGACGGCAUCGCCCUACGAUAAGUUGAUCAGCUGCAGGGUGCUGGGCAACUGCGACAAGAACAAGGGCCCGGAGGCCACCCGCCCCGGGAAGCCGGUCAACAAGUACACCCGCGGCUGCAGCAAGAUCGACAAGUGCCGCGACUGAUCAACCGUCAUCGAUGCAGGCAGCCGGAGCUAUAUAUAUGUCGUGUCGUUCUCGUACCGUGUGUGCAUGUGAAAGCCGACGUUUCUUGCGUUCAAUCGAUUGAUGAUUUGAUGUACGUGGCCCAGCUUUUCAUGAUUAAUGUACAGUCGCAGUGACGAAUCAAAGUUUUAUACUAAUAUAGUAAUAUAUGGUAUAAGUCAAGCAGUCUGCUAGAAACCUUAUUAGUUGACACGCAUGGUCAUGGAGGUUAGA